AGUCAUCCAUGCCUGGAACCUUUGGAACAGGGUCUGCAAAUACUGUCAGAAGAGAAAUUCAUAGUCCGUCCUCAGCCUCUCUGGGUGACUGCAGAAGACAUAGAAUUGUGUCAUCACAACAGAUGAGCGAGUUGAGGACUAUGUCUGAAUGUAUCCAGCUCUCAUUUGCUGUUUGUAGAAUUGGCAUUUACACGUGUUUUAGAGCACUUUGCUGCAAGGGACCGCCACCACCACGACCUGAAUAUGACUUAGUUUGCAUAGGCCUCUCUGGUUCUGGCAAGACAAGUCUUCUGUCUCAGCUUUGCAGUGAGAGCCUGGAGAAUAUCGUGUCUACCACAGGUUUUAGUAUAAAAGCGGUGCCAUUCCAGAAUGCCAUCUUGAACGUAAAAGAACUUGGAGGAGCUGACAACAUCAGGAAAUACUGGAGUCGUUAUUACCAAGGAUCCCAGGGGGUAAUAUUUGUAUUAGACAGUGCCUCCUCUGAAGAUGAUCUAGAAACUGCUAGAAAUGAACUGCAUUCUGCUCUCCAGCACCCACAGUUAUGUACUUUGCCAUUUUUAAUACUGGCCAAUCAUCAAGACAAGCCAGCAGCUCGCUCCGUACAAGAGAUAAAAAAAUAUUUUGAACUUGAGCCGCUUGCACGUGGAAAGCGUUGGAUUCUUAAACCCUGCUCCUUGGAUGAUAUGGAGGCAGUAAAAGACAGCUUCUCCCUUCUAAUAAACUUGCUAGAAGAGAGAGACUUCGAACCUUCAAGAAUGUGAAAUCCAAGAGAAAGGAGUGGUUCUCCAGACAUCACUGUACUUGCUCAUUCUGCACACAGUUUAAUUAUGGUGUGGUAUCAAGACUGAUCUGUGAUAUGUUGUUCAUACAGAGUUAGUGCAGAAUGUCCUUUUGUUAAAAUAAAUGUUCUGUGAGUCAGGUACACAACUAUUUCUAGUAGAGUUGUCUAUGCUACUGAAGUAGGAAGUUCCUCUUUGUUUACCACUAUUUCUGCACACUGCAUGUUGCUUUCUUGCUUUGCGAUCAUCCUUGAUAGGGAAUUUUGCGCGCACAAAAAUAACGUAGUCUGUAAAGGAGGAAUUCUAUGUGUUACCUUGGAUUUUAAAAAAAAACUAAUAUCUAAAUGAUUUGUGGGUCUAAUUUGUAUUAGCUUGUUUACUGACCUCACAGUAUGGAAAGCACAGCCACUGAGAACCUAGGAUACCUAAAAGGCAAGCAGUUUCAUGUUAAUGCAAAGGUUAUUCCUGAGGUUUUACUAAGUGAAAACACAGUUGACAAAUUAGUUGAGUCCUCUUUUAAAAUCACUCCAUGACCUUGCCAAAGGCAGAACAGUUAUUUUGCUGGAAGUUUGAUGAAAAGUGAAUUAACAAACAGAUGUGCACAGAUAACAAUAUUUGGGGAAAGUAGGUGACAUUAAACAGGUGAUCUAAGUAAAAUGAUUUUCUUAGAAAUAUGCAAAGGUUGGAUAAAGGAAUAAACUAAUUGAAAGUAGUUUUCCAUAAAAAAAGCAAGGUAAAUGUCUGUUAGUUCAUCUGUGGAGGCUUUAUUACUAGUUAGAAGUAUGAGUGAUUUGAAAUAAGGACUGCUUCCUUUAUCACUCAUUUGUAGACUACUACUGUAACAUUGCCAAGGCAUCUAUACCAUAAUUAAGGGUCUUCCAGUGUUUGUACUUCUCUUUUCAAGGGGAUUAUGUCUUGUUCUUUCAAGCUUACUCUGGGCUAAGUGUUACUUAGAAGACAAAAAAGUAUUCAUUGGAAAACAACAUUUGUAAUACAUUUAGAAAAAGCCCCUUUGAUUCAAGUAACACAGUCCACAUUUUCUAUUUCCAUGUUUUCCCCAGAUUUGCAGUAUUUUGGCUGCCUUUUGUUGAUUUUUUUAAAACUUUAUAACCCAAUUUUGUUCAUUAAAGAAAUGUGCCGGGCCACUUGUCACUGAGUCAGUGACAACAGGGGAUGUGCAGAUCAGUUGCUGGACUGGUGCACACCUUGAAUGCUGUGCCUUGCACAUUCAGCUACCCUUGAGUGUCUGCAAAUACAAACUGAUGUGAUGUGUCAUUAGUUUCUCAUUGAUUCUGCUUGUGUUCUGAAACUUAUAAUGCCAUUUUUCAAGGCUUUAAGCAGCAUAUCUUUCCACUCUGAGCAUUUAUAUUUUGUUUAAUGUUUAUUGUAGUUUCUCAUUAGUUUAUUUGGGGAUAAGAAAAUAGCAAAGAUCAGCUUUUAAAGGCUGAUAAAAGCCAUUUCUCUAUUACUUGCAAUUAUACUCUUUGUUAAACAAAUGUUUUUAAUAGGUAUUUUUGUUUACUUUUCAAUUUCCUUGGAUUUCCUGCAUUGCUCCCACUGUUUUAACUUGGUUCCUGUUAUCAGAAAGAAGCUGGGAAAACUGGUAAACUCCUUGUUUCAUUUUGAGAUAGAAUAGGCAGAAAGCCUGAAGGGCAUCUCCUUGCUUUGUUUUUUUAUUCUCUUUCCUACCAGGUCAAUCGUCUCACUCCUAGUACUCUUGGAAAUAACCAAGAACUGGAAUUGUUCCUUUUGAAGCACAGAGUAGCCCUGCUUUGGUUCAGUUCUCUCUGCACAUUAGUCGGGACCCAUCUGCCCAUCAGUUUCUCUUGUGUGGGUUAAGGAGGUUCCUUUCUCUGGAUUUAAGAAGGAAUUGGAUCUAAUUUACACUUUCAGACUCUCUCUUAGCUUACGUGAGAUUAGAGGCUACAGAGUCCUCAGAUUUCCACAAGGUCCCCAAAUUUCUGUCCUGUUUAGAGACAACGACAAGUAAGUGGUAAGGAGGAGGUGGGAAAAUUACUUGCCAGAGAAGGCAGGCAAAAUGGGGGAUUCAGAGCUUUUACUGCUUUUUCAUUGGCCAUUAGUUAGAAGAUGUGAAAUAACAUUUUUUUACUGUUUUUCCCCUUCUUUCCCUUAGUUAUGGACCAAAAGUUACAGGAAAUGAAAAUAAGCCCAACCAUAUUGCAUUCUUGAAAUUUUACUUAUUUCUGCCAUCAGUAGAAAAACCAUCGGUCUGGUCCAAAAACUUUAAUGUUUCCAAGUUACAUUUUGGUCAUGAUCUCCCAGAUAUGCACUGUUAGAAGGUGCUACAUGACUAACAUGAAAAAGGCCCAAUACAUUGAUGAGAAUAUGGUUUUGGCAUAUGCCAGUGGCCACUCAGACUAGGACCUUAAGGCAAAUGUCAACUGCACAGAAGCAGUGAUUUUGAUUUACCGAAUUAUUUUGAGUAUGCUUUUUCUUAUUAAUACAGUGAUCAUUCCUCACCACAGAUUGAAACAAUACCUCAUAACUGCUGAAGGCUAAAACCAACACUUAACUUUACUUUGAAUGUAGUACUUCUGUGGUUUUGUGUUGUAGAUAGACUUAAUGGAUGUGUACCUUUUUAAUGUCUAUAAGCAACUUCACCUUUUUGUGAGGGGAUAAAAACAUUCAGUAGCAGCUCAUGUCAUAAUUCCUUGUCUAUAGUGUUGUUGAAUGCUCUGGCUUGGUAGAAUAUGUAAGCACUAUGCAGUUUGCAUUCUGCUAACCAAUCUCAAUUGCUUCAGUUUUUGUUGGUUUGUUUUGGUUUGGUUUUUUUUAAUCUUUUCAAAUGUGUUCAUCAUUUAGGUGGAAUAAACUUGGGCACUAGGCUCUACUUUACUUGCAAGUUCAUUAAGGAGUGAACAUUUUCUUUUUUAAAAAGAUGUGCUUUAAUGUUCUUUAGCCAUCUGUUAAAUUACUUCGUGUGUGUAUGUGUGUGUGCCCACACUGGGCUUCUCAGACCUGUGGCUGUCUGCAGUGUCUCAGCCGUCAGAGUGAAAACAUUAUCAAUCAAUAUCCAACAACAGCUGGUUUUGACAACCUUCUGUCUGCUGCCUAAUGCUUUACAGCUCAUCAGUAAGACUUCUUUGUCUGCCCACUCUGAGCUGGUAAUCUUACUGCUUCCAUGUCGUGUCCUGUAAUUGUACUUCUAGCAUUUGUAUGGAUAAAAAGUUAAAUCUUAGUGGGUUUUGAUAUUCUUUCUUGCUGUAUAAUGCUCCAUGUGUAUCUUAGCUUGCCUAUUCAAAUACGCUAUACAAAAAUCUGUGAUGUAUUAUUUCAUUUAACUUCUUGCAUUUCAUUAUAUUUAUAGAAGUUGCAGAUUUUUGUACCGUAUUACUUAAUACAGUUGCCUUUUUGUAAUGGCAAUUAAUUUAUAUUACAAAAGUUUGUAUCUUUUCUGUAGUCAAAAAAUAUGAGUUAACUGCCAUAUUAUCUUAACUUUAUACUAAAAAUACAGUGUCUAUACAUGAAGUUGACCCAAUUAAAUGGUCAACUGCUGACGUGGGGAACCUGUACUGUUUAUGAUUUAUACAUAAUUUCCACUAUCAAAAAAAAAAAAAAGAAAGAAAGAAAAAAAAAAGAAAAUAAAUGCUGUGUAGAAUUGAGUUGAUAAGUUUUGAUUUCUUGAGAAAGUAGCCAACUUGGGAGUAUGGCAUAUUACCUUGAUUUGGAAUGUUCAAGAUUAAUUAUUUACCCAUAAGUGUAAAAAAAUAUUCCUGUAUAAAUCAUUGCUACAUCAUACGUAGUUACACAUUUACACACACAUACAUACGAAAUAGAAACUUUCAAAAAUUGACUGAUUUUUUUGACAGCAAGUUGUCAUUACUCUGGAAAUAUAUGUAAAUGGUUUUGCAGAUUUAUUGCUGAUCAGUGAUUGGAAUAAUCUUUAUACAAUUCUUCCAUAAUAUUAAAUUGAAAGACAUGUUUAUAUGAUUAGAAAUUAUUUUUAAAUAAAUGACAUGGCAAAGUACAUAUACAAAACAAAAGCUACAGAAGUUGAGCAAAGGAAUAUACUCUGGGGAAAAUAAAAGAUUGUUGAAACAG